AUGAUGCUCAGGCGCCUUAAGUGGCGCGUGCUGCUGCUGCUGCAGCAGUUGCUGCUGCUGCUGCUGGUGCUGUCGUGGGUGCCUCCCAACGCAGCAGCAGCAGCAGCAGCAGCGACAGCAGCAGAUGCAGGAGCAACAGGUCCUCUGCGGGAAGUGGAUCGCGUAGAAAUAGAUGACGACGAGGCGUUCACAGAUUUCGGUGACGAGGGAGACGAAUUGCUGCUGCAGGCGAGCAGCAGCAGCAGCAGCAGCAGCAGCGGCGCGUCUGAGGAGGAGGGCAGCAGCGGGGACGCAGAGGACGAGGCGGAGGCUGAGGAGCACCUGCUGGACCCCGACAGCAGCAGCAGCAGCAGCAGCAGCAGUAGCAGCCCAGAGGAGUGGCUGGCAGAAAUCGAAGAAGCAAUUUCUAAUGGAGCCACUCACCGGAUUUACUACAGCAGCGAAGAAGAGCGAUUCUACAGCGCGGAGGUGGACGGCAGCGAGGUGCUGCUGCUGCUGCGGCAGCUGAAGCCGCAGCUGCUGCAGCACUGGCAGCAGCAGCAGCAGCAGCAGCAGGCACUCGAGGCCGCGUGGACCCGCAUCGAACAGGAAGUGCUGCUGCGAGCAGCUCUUCACAAAAGAGAUGUUUAUCCUCAGUCUUGGUUUUCUCCUUUAUAUCCCGAAGAUGGAAUUCAAACUGGAGCUUUGCUGACGCCGCUGCAGCAGCACGAAGUUGACGAACACGAAGCAGUCGAGCGCGAGCGCCAGCUGCUAAGGGCACUCGUCGUGGAUCUGCUGCAGAGGGAGCAGAAGACGGAGGAAGCAAAGGACUCACACAGCAGCAGCAGCAGCAGCAGCAGCAGUAGCAGCACGACGAGCAGCAGCACGCGGUCGCCAGGAGUUUCCGUGCCGACGCCUCCAAGCGACUCGGCGUCUUCCACUGCUGCAGCAGCAACAGCGAUAAAUGCGGCAGCGCCAACUGCAGCACCUGCAGCAGCUGCUGCUGCCACUCCACUUGCUGCUGCUGCUGCUCCCGAUAGUUUGCAGCAGCCCCCCCACGGCGCAGCAUCAUCUCUCUCCUCUCGCACCACUGCUGCAGAAGCAGGGAGCUCUCCUGCGGCAACAGCUGCUGCUCUCCAAGGAGACGGCCCGAAGAAGGGUCGCAGCAGCAGCAGCAGCAACAGCGGCAGCAGCAGCAGCAGCAGCAGCGACGUGCCUGUGCUGUUUGUGCCGGAUGAUGCCCUCGACUUUGCGGCUCUCUUUGCUGCUGGGCGGAUGUCUCUGCUGCAGGCAGGCCAGAGCAGCAAAAGCAGCAGCAGCAGCAGGAACAGCAGCAGUGAAGCAGCAGCAGCGCUGACUGCAGAGGAGGCUGCCUUUGCUGCAGCUCGUGCUGCAGCAAAAGAAAGAGAAGGCGUGGGCCGUUUAGUGACCAGCUUCGGAGACGCCUACUACUACUUGCGGCUGCUGCUGCGGCUGCCGCAGCAGAGGCAGCAGCAGCAGCAGCAGCAGCGGCAGCGGGGGGAGGACGAAGAGGACUUGGCGUUGCUGCUGCCGGACCCGAUAUCCCCGGAGCCUGUGCACGGGCCCGCAGUGGCUGCGCAGCUGCAGCAGCUGCCGCGGGGGAAGCAGCAAGUGCUGCGAGCAGCAGCAAUUGGUGUUGUUGCUUUUUUGUCUCUUUUUGGAGUUGCUGAUGAGGGGGGCCGUUUGCAGCUGCCCGGCGGCUGGCCGCGGGACUUCUCUUUAGCUGCCAAAGCAAUUGCUGCAGGCAGGAGCGCCAAGCCCCCCUCAGCCCUCUGUCUGCUGCUUGACGGCUUCUUGGCAGCAAUUGGCGUCCCGUCGCUGGUGCUGGGGGCUGAGGGCUGGGCGCUGCAGCACAGCCCCUCUUCGCUAACUCUCUUUCUAGCAGCAAAUAAGGAAGCAGCAGCAGCACCGCCGCUGCAGCAGCCCUUCGACGUCCCGCUGCUGCACAUGCCCAAGUACAGACAGGAGCAGGAGCGCCUCAGCAAAAACAGGUCGGACUUUCCCGUGGUCAAGUAUUUGCUGGCAGCACAUGCAGGAGAGGCCCUGGGCUCUCUUGCUGCAGCAUAUUAUCUGAAGACUGGGCGCAGCGACUCUUCUCUGAAGGCUGGCAGCGCGCAGCGCAGCUUCUGGGCGCAGCAGGUGCCUCCCCCUGCUGCUGCUGCUCCUGGUGCUGCUGCUGCUGCUGCUGCUGCUGGCCCCAGGUUCUCCAUGGGCAAAGACGGAGCUGUCCUAGAGGUGCCGAGACACCUCGACCAGCCCACUGAGGAGGAGAAGAAUGCCAGCUUUUUGGUGGCGCUGCAGCGACUGGGAAGCGAAGAUGCAGGCGACUGCAGCGCGUCUCUGCGGCACUUGCUGCCAGCAGCAGCAGCAGCGCUGCAGCAGCAGCAGCUGCAGCAGGAACAGGAGCACGUGCACCUGACGCGCGUGCCUGCUUCCUUCUUCCUGCGGGGGCCGGGGGAGGCAGCAGCUUUCGCCCCGCCAUCGAGCAGCAGCAGCAGGGCUCCCAAGGCGUAUCAGCAGCUGCAAACCUUGGAAGAGCUGCUGCAGCAGCUUGCUGCUCCCGACUCUGUUGCCUAUGGGGCCCCCCAGCAGGGCCCCCUCCAGCACAGCAGCAGAGACUAUGCUGCACUCGUGCAUGCAGUUGCUGAAGAUGGAGAGCCUGAGGGGCUUGCGGCGCUUGCUGAUCUCUACCUCCACGGGAAUGCAGAGGCUGGGAUUCCAAGGGACCGACACCGGGCUUUGGACCUGCUGCGGCAAGCAGCAGAAAGAGGAGAUGCGAAUGCUGCCUUAGCAGCAGCUCAUUUGCUGCUGGAGGGGCAGCCGACAGCAGCAGCAGCUGCAGCAGCUGCAGGCGCAGCCCAGCAGCAGCCCCAAGCGGGAGCAGCAGCCGGAGCUGCUGCGGAAGCAGCAAGAGCUCCAGCACCAGCAGCAGCAGCAGGACUUGCGGCUGCUGCUGCUAAUGGAGCAGCUGCUGCUGCUGGCCCUGGUGCCGUAGGUGCUGGUGCUGACCCAGGCGCCGGAGCCGCAGCAGCAGCAGGCCCAGCAGCAGCAGCAGGAGGAGCAGCAGCAGCAGCAAACGCAAGGGGAGGGUUGCUGGGGCUGCUAAAUGGAUUUCUUUCCAGCUGGGGUCUGCGCGAGGAGGAGCAGCAGAAGAAAGAAAAGGAGCAGCACCCAGCGGAGGCUCUUCUAGAGCAGGUCAUUGCUGAGGGCUCUGGCCCCGCGCCCCACACGGCGCGCUUUUUGGCCUGGCGUUAUGGGCUGUUGCAGGAAACAAAUGCAACUUUAGCAGGCGAAGCCCUGCGCGCAGCAGCAGACUUGGGCGACAGCAACGCGCAGGUGCUGUACGCUGCAGCACACCUUGCUGCUCUGGGUCCCACAUCAGCAGCAGCAGCAGCGGCAGCAGCAGCAGCAGAGCCGGCGGGCGGCGCGUCCGGGUCGUCCGCAGCAGCAGCAGUAGCAGCAGUAGGGAGGGGCCAGCUGCUGGCAGCAGGCAACAUGACUGAAGCCCUCACAUACUUUUCAAAAGCUGCACUUGCUGGCCAUCCAGAAGCAGCUUACAGCUCCGGUUUGCUGCUGCUGCAGGGAGCUUCUCCCCACCACAAGAGCUCCAAGCAGCGCUGCAGCAUUGCUUUGAAGGUGCUGGAAAAGGUGGCGUUUCUGCACCGUCGGGUCAAUUUGCUGCAGGCCUUGUCGCUGCAUGCGCACCGGCAGGGCGACGUUUCUGGGGCUUUGCUGCUGCUGCUGCUGCUGUCCGAAACUGGCCACUUAGCUGCUCACGUGACUGCUGCUGCACUGUGGGAGUCUGCAGCGCAGCAGCACCAGCAGCGGCAGCAGGCGCUGCAGGUGCUCAUGGACUCGCUGCUCCAGGCGGACCUUGCUGUUGCUGCAGCUGCCUCCGCUGCAGCAGCAGCAGAUGCAGCUCCAAGCGCCAACAGCACAGCAGCAGUAACCGCAACAGAAACAGCAGCAGAGGAAGCCUCCGGCGGCUCAGAUGCGCAGCCGCAGCAGCAGCAGCAGCUUCCCGCCGAAGGGGCCGUGUCGCAGCAGCAGCAACAGCAGCAGCAACAGCCGCAGCAGCAGAAUGCAGAGAAUAGCGCAGCAGCAGCAGCAGCAGCAGCUGCUGCUGCUGCUGCUGCAGCAGCAGAUGCAGAAGAGGGCACGCGCAGCCUGCUGCUGGCGCGUUACGCAGACCCGUCAGUGGCCCUGCCUGCGGAGGGCGAAGGAGCAGCAGCAGCAGCAGCAGCAGCAGCAGCAGCAGUGGAGGCCCAUGUAGCAGCAGCAGGAGCAAACUGCCUGCUGCAGACUCGGGUGUCUCCACUUUCCCGAGCAGGAGUGCAGCAACUGCAUGCACGAGGAGACCCUGGGGUGUCGGUAGAACUGCUGCUGGACGGCGAGCGCGCAUGCACGCCGCCCGCUGCUACUGCUGCUGCUGCUGCUGCUCGCGCUGCUGCAGUUGCUGCGCGGCAGCAGCUGCAGCACCUCCGAGUCUCCGAAUUCCUCCGCUGCUGGCUCGUGUCUCCAAAAGCCCUCAAAACCCCACAAGCCCCAGCAGCAACGGCCUGCCGUUUUGCUGCUUACAGAAGAGCUGCGCUGCAGGGCGACGCCGCCUCCAUGGUCAGCCUGGCGGAGAUGUACGCUGCUGCUGCAGCCGAAUCUACUGCUGCAAUCAAGGCUGCUGCAGCAGCAGCAGCGGCAGCGAAAGCAGCGCCAGCAGCAGAAGCUGCAGCAGGAGCGGCGGAGGAGGAGGAAGCGCAGCCGCAGCAGCAGCAGCCGCAGCAGCAGCAGCCGCGGCAGGAGCUGCAGCAGCAGCAGGAAGAGCAGCAGGCGCUGCGGGAAGCAGCAGAAACUGCUGCUGCUCUCAGCCGCUACUGGGCAGAAAGAGCAGCAGCAACAGGAGAUGGCAGGGGCCUCUACGCGCUGGCGAGGCUAAAAGAAGAUGGGAUUGGGGGGCCCCCCCAAAGAGAAGAAGCUGUAAAGGUGUACUGGCAGCUGCUGAGCGAUGCUGCGCUGCCGCCCGGCAGCCGCGUUUUGGGUUUGUGGGGUUUUUGUCGCAGUUGUUUGUUGUGGCCUUUGGAUUUGCUGCUGCGUCUAUGGGGGCUGCUGCCCCCCAGCAGCAGCAGCAGCAGCAGCAGCGGCAGCGCUGCAGCCAUGGCAGACGACGCGCUGCAGCAGCAGCAGGAUGCUGACGUCCGCGCAGCCUCGCUCCUCCACCCUAUAGGGAUUGUCCUUUCGCUCUACCUUGCGCGAGAGGAACAAAGGCGCUUUUGGGCCCAACUGCUGCUGGGGCUGCUGCUGCUGGCAGCGUGGGCCUUUCUAGCGAUACAGCUGGCGCUGCGCAUCCCCGAAAUGCGUGCUGCUGCUGCUGCUGCUGCAGCGGACCAUGGCACUGCUGCUGCUGCUGCCACGUCCAACAAUUCACAGCAGCAGCAAGAGGUGAGGAAUGCUCCAACGGGAGACAGGACUGUCGCAGCAGCUGCUGCAGCUGCUCCUGCUGCUGCUGCUGCUGAGCGCCAGGGAGAUGCCCCACCGAAGCCUGCAGCAGCUGCAAAUACAGACGCAGCUGCUGCUAAGCGUCAAGAUGCUGCUGCUGCUGCAGAAGCGCUUUCAGCUGCAGGCACAGCUGCCGCAGACAGCUCGACAGCAUCCGCAUCAGAGGCAGCAGAAUCAGCAGCACCUGCUGCUGCCACGGACGCAGCGCCAGCUGCUGCUGCUGCCGCUGCUGCACAGGCAACAGAAGCACGUGCAGCAGAUGCUGCAGCGCCUGGCGCCUCUGGAAGUCCGGUAGCCCCUAGUGGGGCAGCAGGAGAGCCAGCAACAGCAGCAGAAACAGCAGCAGCAGCAGCAGCUGCUGCUGCUGCUGCCGCUGCUGCAUUGUCUGGUGCAAGCUAG